AUGGUUAGAACGAGAGGUUUAGGUCGUGCAUUAGGUAGGGGUAUAGGCAGAGGCCAGGGUGGACAGGAUGAGUAUCAUGCAGAUGAUGUUCCCUGGCGGCGUAGGCCUACCGCAUCUGUCUGUAGGCAAUGGGUACAUGUUUCUGUUGCUGAGGACGUUGCUGAUAUGACUGAGGAUGUUCCUCUGAUGACUACGGACGUACCUACAACUCGAGUAGAGGGCUUAGCUAGUGAUGUUGCUAUAGGAUCAGUUGCUGAUGAUGCUGAGGGAUUCCCAGGUGGGCCGCGGGACCCAUCAAUGCUGACUUUGUUUGCGGAGCAUGUUGCACACAACAUAUGGAGUGGAAAGGAACAUCCUGAAUUGAAGCUGGUCUCCCACGAAAGGAAGGUAGAGAAAUUUGGGAGGUCAGCGUCUGAGAUUGCAGGGUUAGUCGCUACCACAAGAUUAACUCCUUUAAUCGAGUGUUCAGUAGUCACCGGCGAUCCUGGAGUUAUAUCCGCUUUUGUGGAGAGGUGGCAUAGGGAGACUAGCACCUUCCAUCUUCCGUUAGGAGAGGUUACAAUCACACUGGAUGAUGUGGGGUCACUCCUCCAUCUGCCGAUCACAGGCGCCUUCCAGAGCUUCGAGCUUCUACUUAUGGACGAGGCGGUCGUCUUGUUGGUGGAGUUGCUUGAGGUCUUGGGUGAGGAGGCUAAAGCUGAGACUGCACGAGUGCAUGGGGCAUAUGUACGCCUAUCGUGGCUAGGGGAUAUCUAUUUGAGGAGAUGCGAGGCCGGACGGUGGAUUGUAGCAGCUCGUGCUUAUCUCCUCCACUUGGGAGCUGUCGCAUUGGUGCAUAUGUAUGACCAGUUAAAUGAAGCUUCUCAGAGCAGUAGACGGCAAAUUGCUAGGUACCUGACUUUAUUACAGAUAAAUGAGCACUUUCCUAGUGUCCAUGACUGCGUCAUUGACGAUGCGUACAAUGAGACAUCCCCACGUGCCUACCGGUGGCUUACGAUGAAGGCUUAUAUGAAGGGAUUACCAGCAGCGUUGUACCAGACAUGUUUAGAUGCUUUGACGAUCACUGACGUGUGUUGGAUGCCCUAUGGUGACCACCAAGGAGUUAGGGGGUUUGACCUCAUUUCUUGCUUCCAGGGCCAGCUUAGAUGGGGUCCUAUUAUGGUCACAGUUCGACCAGAAAGGGUGGUAUCUAUAGAUUACAUGGAGUGGUUCUUCCAGAUAUCUCAUCCGUUCGUCACACUUACCCAGGAAGGUGAUGAGCACAGACAUCCACCUGCCCCACAGCAUGAGGAAUACGUCGAGCCAGGUAUCCCGGAGGUUCUAGUGGGAGCAGAAGGUGGACUGUCACAUGCAUCUGAUCCCCCUAGACAUGUAGUGGAUGGUUGUGAAGGUUGUGAAGCGAUCGCAGAAAGGUUGGAGCGUGUGCUCAACCUAAGGAUGGUCACUGAAGGCACAGAGUUACACGAGAUCAUGGAAGAUUGCCUCAGGAUCUCUAUGGGUGACACCUCAAAUGGAAAUGUUAGGGCGCGACGAAGACGGCGCACAGAUCAUUCAGAGAUCAUUUUCGGUUUUGCGUCGUGGAGGAGUUGUAUUUCGGAAGUUGAACAGAGGUGUUUGCAUGUCAGUGAAUGGGCGUAUGCAUUUGACGACCUAAUCAGUUUAUACUUGUCUAGAAAGCUGAGUGCUGCAGCUGUCUCCAUAGAGUUCUUCUUCCUUCCGCCACCGCCAUCGCGACCUCCCCUUUCCCCUUCCGCCACUCCCCCUCCCCCUCCCUCUCCCCCUUCUUCCUCCCUCCCCCGCCUCGCCCAACGUCCACUCAAGGGGCAAAAUCAUCUUAGGCCACGGUCAGAACUCGAGACAAAGUUGACGGCAGAAAUCAACCAAGGAAAUGGCUCCGAAGAAGCUUUCCUCGAAGAGAUCUAG